AUGGCGACCAUACAGCAGCGAUCGAGCAAUAAGCUCUCAGUCUCUUCGAACAGAAGCUCUGAUGGUCUCUACAAGCAUCGUCAAAGCAUGCUCUUCCGGGAACUGGAAAUUCUGCUCGAACUCACACCGAGCACUUUCAGCUCACCACUUCUGGCCCUUCCAAGAGAGAUCCGCGACCAAAUAUUUAACUAUGUGUUACCUGAUCCCACAAGGAUUCGUCCGGAACUUCACACUUGCCUCUGGGGUGCUGAGAUGUCCAACGGAGAACCCUGGAGACACGACAUCUUUGGAUAUGGAUCCUCCGUAGCCAAAGCAUCACGACUACGGCCUGAGCUUCUCUUGAUCAACAAACAAAUCCGGGACGAGCUGCUGCACAACUACUUUCGCCGCAGCAAGAUCACUCUACAUGCUGAACUACGGAAUACGCGGACGAACAACGACUAUUUCGAGUUCUCGCAGCACAUCCUGCAACUGCCCAUGUUGAAGCAUGUAACACAUAUACGCUUCUACGUUGAAUGGAACUACACGACGCUGAAAAACGGAGGGAGGGAUCGGAUGAUGAAAGACCAGACACGCAUGACGAAGAAUCUCCUUGCUUCCAUGGACAAGAUCGCCCUGUCACUCCAGUGCAUCGAGACGAUCGAGCUAUCAGUACUCUUCUUCUGGAAAUUUCGGAGCGGGAAAAUGUACAGUCUUUCCAUGCAGGACCUCUUUGACCUCGAGGACGUGUUCAAGCGCUGCGCAGAGCUGCCCUGGCUUGGUUUACUCGGCGAAAAUGACGUGCCUGGAAAGAAGAAGACGACUACUUCUACCUACCUCAGCCCGACUUCGGCAACGACGAACUCUUCGGCGGGUGUGGGCUACAAGAUGUCGACGGAGAAGAAGGGUACAGAACAGAGUGGAGGCAUGGAAAUUUGCAUCAGCCGUGAUCUGGAAGAUGCGAUGGAGGAGAGGAGAAAGAGUAGUGUUGACUUUUUCGGCAACUACGAAGUCACGGAGCCUUUGCCUCAGCCUUGUUAUCGGCAUGGUGCCAUGAUAUGA